CACGGGAGGAUCGCGAUGCCGGAGAUGGACGACCUUCCCCCGACGCAGGGCGCCCAGCCGGCCGGUCCGGACCGCGCCCGGAUCCAGCGCAGCGUACUGGAAGAGCAGGUGGAGCUGUGGUGGUUCCGCGACCCGGCCAAAUCCCUGCUGUGCUACAGCGUGGCGGUCCUACUCAUCCUGGGCUGCGGCCUGGGCGGCGUCCUCCUCCUCUCGUCGACCACCAGCUUCUCCAGCGACUGGCGCAUGGGAGCCGGAACCACCCUGUGUCUCCUGGCCCUGGCCGUCCUCCUCAAACAGCUCCUGAGCUCCGCCGUGCAGGACAUGAACUGCGUCCGGAACCGGAGGCGCAUCGAAAUCCUGAAGAGCGGCGGCCUUUCCGACCUGCUGGUGGUGCUGGUCACGGGGCUGUGUCUGGUGGUCUGCGGGGCCGCACUGCUCAAGCUGGCCCUGGAGCACCACAUGCCCAAGCCGGGCGUGGCCCUGAACGAUAUGUAUGUCGCCGGGGUGGUGCUGUUAGCCGGAGGGGGGGCGGCGGUGGUCGGGGCGGGGUUGUACGCGGGCGUGGUGCAGCUGUUGGAGAGGACGGGGCACGGGCGGAGGUUCUGGGACCGGGCUCUGAGGGUGUUCACCAUCUCCGGGAGACGUAUGGACCAGGGGAGGAGGGAGACCACGUCCAGCCUGGCUAACCUCAUCUGACCAGAGCGGAGCGGAGAGAGUGUAUGGGAGCCCAGACUGAAGAGGACCGUGACACUAAUGAGGCUCGGAUCUGAUCCGUAUGAGGGGGGGGGGGGGGGUUUGGGAAGUGUCAGCCUGCUCUGGAGGUAUACGGGCCUGUAGUUGCUGGGGCUGGUUUCGGUCCGAAUGUGGUCCAUAUUCACAUUGCGGUCAGGGAGGGAUCAAUGGACGUCACGUGAAAAGCAAAUUCAAGCAAAGUGGCAAUCAGGGACCCCAGUGUGUUUGACUCCGUACCCUGUGAAACUAAACGAAUAAACAUGAAUCCAGCAUUGCAUGUCUUUCAGUGGCCAAAUGGAAUCAAGAGCUUUGUCUACUCAACAAAUGUUCUUAUUGAAGCUCCACCAUCCUUGGACAGUUACUGAGACGAAGCCCAGGCAGUAAUCUGGUUUCAGCCGAAUGACAGUGACACAGGACUGACCCUGGUCAUGGACACCACAAAGAUUCAAACAAACCAAGUGUCCAAUGUAAUAUCAUCCACUGCGAGAAAAACUGUAGGUUGAAAAGCUGCUGUAAGGAAUAAUCAUAAUGUAGAAUUAUGUGAAAAGCAUCUACAAACUAAAUCGAACCGAUGAAAUUAUUUAAUGAUAAAUUGCACUUUCAUCACCUUUCAUGUCAUAGGUUUACAGCAGUGUUGGGUGGUCAAAGGCUUCCAAUGGUAUCAUCCCUUACUUUGACUUGCAACACUACCAAGACAGAGAAGAAUGUCAUUACAUUGUUGCCUGGUUGAAUGGUACAAUAUGUUUUGAUUGAACAAAGCAUCUGUCUGUCUGGGUGUGUGUGUGUGGCUCUCACACCUCCUAAUCAGACAGUACAUGUGAGUGGCCUGUUACUCAGAGACAAUAGGAGCUACUGAAGCAGUCAUUGUUUCCUGUACUGGCAACCGAUCGGCCCAAUGAACAGGCUGGGGAACACAAGGGCCUGGCGUUGCCCAGCACGGAUUGCCUUUAGCAAACACACACACACACACACACACACACACACACACACACACACACACACACACAGCAGUGAUUGUGCCAUGCCAGCACAGCCUGUAAUCCCUCAUUGACAAGGGACUCUUCUCCCAAGUCUCUCUCGGCCUCUACUGUGCACUCCUAUGCAGGACAUGCUAGGUGGUGCUAAAAACAGUAAUGGGAGAAAGGAGAAAUAUAACACAGUGAUGAGAGAGGAAGUGAAAAGAGCAAUUUAACACAGUGAUGAGAAAGAAAGGAGGAGACCUAAACCAUCAGGUUCACCUUAACGACAACUGGGGGUUUUCCAUGUCAUAAUUUGACAACAUACAAAUCUCACUGUGUAAGAACAUUUCACAAAUAAAGAGAGGGGAGAAGGUAAAAAGUCAUUUAUUUCUACACAAGUCCCUUUGUCUCCCAAUAACACACACACGGUUAAUAAAUAAUACAUUAACAGAUGUCCAGGAACUAACUGAAUUGGGAAGUGUAACAUGGGAAUGCAUCCGGGCAUAAACAAAACAUACCAAAUGUAGAUCAUGCAAACCUAUUAUUUUACGACAGAGACCCAGGGCUGACUUAGAGCAUGGUGCUCACACUACAGUGACUACACCCAGCUGCUUUAGAGGUUGGCUGUUUGGUUGGGGGGGGGGGGGGG